GUUGACGAAUGCCUUAGUCAAGAGAGGCAUCCCGACAGUUCCGGUGGAGAUAGACAUCGGAGGUGUAGAGCACGACAUGACCCAGCCGUCCAUUGUUGACACCAUCCUCCGCACCGUCAUGGUGCUUGGCAUUGCGUUCGUUCACUUUGCUCCGCCGUGCAAUACCUACAGUAUUGCGCGCUGGCCCAAGAUCCGCAGCAAAGUAUUUCCUUUGGGCAAGUUCAACGUGACAGUCAAAGAGCUGAAGCUGCUCACGAUGUCCAACUUAUGUGUUAAACAUAUGUGUCAGAUCAUCGAUAGGUUGUGUGACAUGCGGGUGAGCUGGUCAGUGGAGAAUCCAAAUACUAGUAUUCUGUGGCACACUCCAUCAUGGUUGAAGGUCUUGGUAGACUACGAGCCGACAUUGAUUCUUUGGCACAUGUGCCAGUAUGGUGAGAUUUACAAGAAGCCGACGCGCCUCUACACUUGGGCGCCCGACACCAAGUUCUUCUUGGGCAAGCUCGCGAAUACUUGCAAUGGUGGCCACACGCACGUUUCUCUUUCAGGAUGGGAUUGGGACCAUCCAGAGUUGCAUACCGUUCCCACGCAGAAAGGUACAUCGGCCUAUCCGCUGCGCCUUGCCAACAAGUGGGCCAACCUCAUCGAGCGCUACUUCCAC